ACAAACUGCUGGAUGUUCAUUUUGAAAAGCUGAAACUAAACUACAAAGAGCAGAAAAGGGUGAAAAUGUGCGGGGUGCAGCUGCUGCGGGUGUCGGUCCAUGAGCGGAUGAGCGCCGCCGCUGAAGACGUCCUGCUGCGGGUGGAAACAGGAGAAGAAGCGGCGCUGAGAGCGCUGCUCACCGAGCGGCUAACGGCGGCUGCGGAGGAGAUCGUCGGUCUGUUGGAGGAAACCGUGGCGGAGUACGAAGACAGAGUGGAGCGGUCAGAGCGGGAGAUCUGCCGCCAGAGGAGGCUGCUCGAAGCCGUGCUGAAGCCCCAAGUCCGGCUGCACAGAGCAGAUUUACCUUCAGAUGUCCAGAAAGUGGUCGUUGUCAAAGAGGAGUCACAGGAGCAGAGCUGCAGUCAGAACCAGGAGGAGCCAGAGCCUCCACACAUUAAAGAGGAACAGGAGGAACCUUGGACCAGUCAAGAAGAUGAAGAGAAACCUCAGUCCUCACAGCUUCAUCAAACACAAACUGAGCAGAUGAAAACAGAAGCUGAUGGAGAGGACUGUGGAGGACCAGAACCAGACAGGAACUCUGAUCCAGAUCCACAUUUACAACCUGAUAGUGAUGAAGAGACCAGACACUGUUCUGAACCUGAGACUGAUGACAGUGCUGAUUGGAAGGAGACCAGAGAACCUCAGUCAGGCCUUUUUCAUGAUUCAAGAUUUAGUGUGGGUGAGAAACCAUUUCGCUGCUCUGAGUGUGGGAAAAGAUUCUCACAGAGAGGAUCUCUGAAGAGACACACCAGAUUCCAUACAGGAGAGAAACCAUUCAGCUGUUCAGUCUGUAAGAAAUGUUUUUCAGAGAGUGGACAUUUAAAGACUCAUAUGAGAAUCCACACAGGGGAGAAACCAUUUGGCUGCUCACUGUGUGAGAGGUCUUUUAGAGUGAGUGGCCAAUUAAAGACGCACAUAAGAAUCCACACAGGAGAGAAACCAUAUAGCUGCUCUGAGUGUGGGCAAAUAUUUGCCCUGAAGGGAACUCUGCAAAGACACAUGAGAACUCAUACAGGAGAGAAACCUUACAGCUGUUCCAUCUGUAAAAAGUCUUUUGCACAGACUGGACAUUUACGGUUACACAUAAACAUCCACACAGGAGAGAAUCCAUUAUGCUGCUCAAUUUGUGAAAAACAUUUUACGGAGAAAGGAAGUUUAAAGAAACACAUGAGAAUCCACACAGGAGAGAAACCGUUUAGCUGUUGUGAGUGUGGGAGAAGUUUUACCCACAAGGAAACUUUGCAAAGGCACAUCACAACUCAUUCAAGAGACAAACCUUUCAGCUGCUCAGUGUGUCAGAAAGCGUUUGCCUGGGGUGAAGGUUUAAAGAAACAUAUGAGAAUCCACACAGGAGAGAAACCAUAUAACUGCUGCGAGUGUGGGAAACGAUUUGCCCUCAAGGAAAAUCUAAACAGGCACAUGAGAACUCAUACAAGAAAAAGGGUGAAAAUGUGCGGGGUGCAGCUGCUGCGGGUGUCGGUCCAUGAGCGGAUGAGCGCCGCCGCUGAAGACGUCCUGCUGCGGGUGGAAACAGGAGAAGAAGCGGCGCUGAGAGCGCUGCUCACCGAGCGGCUAACGGCGGCUGCGGAGGAGAUCGUCGGUCUGUUGGAGGAAACCGUGGCGGAGUACGAAGACAGAGUGGAGCGGUCAGAGCGGGAGAUCUGCCGCCAGAGGAGGCUGCUCGAAGCCGUGCUGAAGCCCCAAGUCCGGCUGCACAGAGCAGAUUUACCUUCAGAUGUCCAGAAAGUGGUCAUAGUCAAAGAGGAAUCACAGGAGCAGAGCUGCAGUCAGAACCAGGAGGACCCAGAGCCCCCAUACAUUAAAGAGGAACAGGAGGAACCCUGGACCAGUCAGCAGGGAGAGCAGCUUCAGGGGCUGGAGGAGGCUGAUAUCACCAAGGUUACAUCCACUCCUGUCCCUGUGAAGAGUGAAGAAGAUGAAGAGAAACCUCAGUCCUCACAGCUUCAUCAAACACAAACUGAACAGAUGGAAACAGAAGCUGAUGGAGAGGACUGUGGAGGACCAGAACCAGACAGGAACUCUGAUACAGAUGCACAUUUACAACCUGAUACAAAUCAACAGCCGGGAGACUCUUCUGAACCUGAGACUGACGGCCCUGUCAGUGAUUCCACUGAGGAGUCAUUUAGCUGCUUGGAGUGUGGGAAAACAUUUGGCAACAGGCACUAUCUGAAGAGACACAUGGUUUCCCAUACAGCAGAGAAACCUUUCAGCUGCUCAGUUUGUAAGAAGUCUUUUACAAGGAGUGAGCAUUUACAGCAACAUCUGAUAACCCACACAGGAGAGAAACAUUUCAACUGUUCAGUUUGUAAAAAAUUGUUUGCACAAAGUGGACAUUUACAGCAACAUAUGAGAAGUCACACGGGAGAGAAACCUUUCAACUGUUCAGUUUGUAAGAAAUCUUUCACACGAGGUGGACAUUUACAGGAACAUAUGAGAAGUCACACAGGAGAGAAACCGUUCAGCUGCUCAGUUUGUCAAAAAUCUUUUGGACUGAGUGGACAUUUACGGCGACAUAAGAUGACCCACACAGGGGAGAAACCUUUCAGCUGCUCAGUGUGUGGUAAGAGUUUCCGUGCAAGUGGGAAUUUGAAGGAACACCUGAGAAGUCACACAGGAGAGAAACCUUUCAGCUGUUCAAUGUGUGAAAAAUCUUUUACACGAAGUGGGCAUUUACAGCAACAUAUCAGAAGCCACACGGGAGAGAAACCUUUCCAUUGUUCAGUUUGUGAAAAAUCUUUUAGACUAAGUGGGCAUUUACAGCGACACAAGUUAACCCACACAGGGGAGAAACCUUUCAGCUGCUCCAUUUGCGGUAAAGAUUUCAGAGGAAGUGGGAAUCUAAAGGCACAUGAAAAAAUUCACACAGGAGAGAAACCUUUUAGCUGCUCAGUUUGUCAGAAAUCUUUUACAGAGCGGGGAAGUUUACAGAGGCACACAAGACUCCACAAAGGGGAUAAACCAUUAAGUUGCCAUAUUUGUAGCAAAGGAUUUGCCUGGAGUUCACAGGUCAAAGAACAUAAAUGUGCUGGCGGCUCACCUCAAACUGAGACAAACAAAGAGGCAGAGCCUCCAGCCAGCAGCCCACAGGAGGAGAUGCAAACAGAAGCUGAUGGAGAGGACUGUGGAAGACCAGAAGAAGCCAGGAACUCAGAUCCAGAUGGACCAGAUAUUGAUGAGAAGACUGGAGAUUCUUCUGAACCUGAGACUGAUGACAGUGGUGAUUGGAAGUAAACUAGUAAAAUUCAGUCUGCUGUAAAUUCCUAGAAAAGGUCAGUGAGGAUAAAGUCUUUUUGUUAAGCCCUUGAACUUUUCAGGAGGUGUGAUGGAUUCAGUUAGAAGGCUACUUAUGUUGUCAUCUUUUGUUGGGAAGGGGGUAAAAUGUGUUUAUUUGUUUAUUGAACAUCGAUAGAUAACAAACAGGUGUUGUCUUAAUUAAAAUCAUCCAACAACAAUUCCAAGCAGCACUUUAAAGGUGAGACAAGAAAAGUAAAUAAAAUAUCCAGCAAUUUUCCUCCGCUUAUCUGGGGCCGGGUCGCGGGGGCAGCAAAUAAAAUAAUGAAAAUGAAAUGGUAUGAAAAUACACAAAAAAAAUAUUUUUGUUAAAGUACUCCUUUCUCAAUCUUUUUAAGGACUCAAGAAAGAUUUUCAGGCCUUUUUUAAAUGCUACAAAGCUUAUAGUCACUUAAUAAAUCUUUAUUCUGUGUGCAUGAAAUGUACCUAUGAUCAAAAUAUUAUCAAACAAUACUUUGUUUUCCAUGAUGUGAUACGAUCAUGUCCUUUAUCUUGAUUUUUGCUCACUCCUCUGUUGUUUUUAUGUUGAAAACUGUAUUUUUGCAAUAUGACAUGUGCCUUUUUCAUUGUGUAAUAAAAUAAUAAUAAUGCAAAACAAAUGUUCCCAAACUGAUAUUUUAUUUAAAUAUUUGAUUGUUGCAACGUAACAAAUACAAUGUUCUUUAUUUUCACAGCAAAAUAAAUAUUUUUGGGAUACCAAAGUUACCUUAAAGUGUUUUCAUUUUUGUUGUGUCUGUUUCAUCCUGCUCUAAAUUGUCAUGUUGGCAUAUUAACCUCAGGUGUGAAUCUGCUCUAUGUCCUGUGUUAACACAUCCUGGUGCCUUGUUUUAAAAAGCAUUCUGUGAAACACAUGCUAUGCUAUCCAGUGUGGUGUUAAAAAUGUCUGUCAACACAGGACACAGCUGAUCGACUACCAUAAAGAGCUAUAAUAAAAUGAGAAGAAAAAAGUAGAAGU